GUGCACUACAAGCAUCGUUCAUCUUUGUGAGUCUGGCUGCAGACAGAAGGACUAAUGCAGAUACGACAUCGUGAUGGAGAAUCCUGGCAGACUUGAAGAGACAACAGACAGCGCUCCCUCUCCUCCUCCAUCUUCGGAAGGUGAAGGUCACAUCAAUGUCGAUCAUGUCCCUCCUCCACCACGCGAGGCGAGUUCUGACAGUGACCUCCACGUCGCCUGUAAAAGAGGCAAGUUGCAACAAGUCCAACACCUGGUGUCCAGUGCUCAAACUGACGUGAACGCUGAAGGGCGGGUCGGUAGGACACCGGUGAUGCUAGCAGCCAGGUGUGGACAUGACGAGGUGUUCCACUUCCUUGUUACAAACGGAAGUGACGUAACUCGCUUGAGCAAUGAUGAUGACAACAUUCUCCACUUCGCCUGUUUGGGAGGUAAUAUAGAGAUAGUGAAAUACAUCCUUUCACAAAACUUUAUAGAUAUAGACAGUCGAGGAAAGUUUGGACGAACACCAGUCAUGAAAGCGGCAUGGGGUGGACAUGUUAGUCUGUUUGAUCUCCUGGAGAGGGUUGGAGCGGACCUGUCUCUACUGAGCGAACAAGGCGACACCAUCUUACACCUGGCCUGUCAUAGAGACAAUGUGCCUAUGGUCAAGCACAUCCUGUCUAAGCACAUUGUCGGCGUCAACUGUCGGGGAAUGAAUGGGCGGACACCCGUGAUGAUUGCGGCAAUGUAUGGACACAGGGCGUGUUAA